AUGGUCCAUAAGAAACACGAAGUAUUGCAAGGUGCCGCCAAGAAGGCUAGAAUACCAUCCUCUACUCUACCUCGUACAUCCUACUCGAGUACGGGCAUGACGAAUCCACUAUUCGGAUCUCUCGGCCGGCUUAUGACGCUGCCUCAGUUGGGCUUCCUCCUCCCCAGUCCGAGUGUGGACAGAGAGGGUGCUUCGUACUGCACUGUACCAGCGAAGAAUUUACGGAUCCUGUAG